CUUGGAUACACGAAUGUUUACUAUAGUUACAGGAAGCAACGCUUCUGUUCUGUGUGGCAGGUGCUGGUUAUUCUGCAAACUUUGGCAAAGACGUUUGAUCUGCGAAGCAGCUUAUGGAAUCGUUGAUUAGAAGUUAUGGGAGAAUAUCAACAACACCAUUCACUAUGGAAUUUAAUCAUAGAGUACAUCCCGGAGUCAGAACUUGCCGAGAUCCGCACUAUUAUUGGCGAAGCAAUUAUCGAUUGUUACACAGAUCUGUACGCAGAGGUGCAGAUGUGGGGCCGUAUUUGGAGGGACUCCCUCAGCGCCCAGCAGGGCGGGCGGCCCAGGACCACGGCGUCACCUCUAGCUGACCCACCGGCCAUCAAAGCCCUUCUCAAGGCAGAAAUACAGCUGCUGCUGCAGUCAGUGAGAGAUCGCGCGGCCAAGGAGGGCAGGGAUGGAGAUGCUGCGCUGUCCCGAUUCAGUCCUAGCGUGGUCCACUAUGCGCUAGGCAGCAGCUCCAGCAGUCCCAGAGGCUCUGUGGAAAACCGGGACACACCUAGCAGAUCGCGGUCCAGGCAGAGCCAAGAUGGAAGCAGGUCCAGCUCUCGGGUAUCAUCCGCAUCUAGCCUUGAAGACGAGAUCGAGGCCAUGAAGACAAAGCUGAGCGUCUGUCAUGUGGAGGAGGUCGUCUCCCACCUACGAUCGCUGCUCAUGGAAGACUGCGAAGCCCUGAAAAAGGAAGUCCAGUUCUUACAGGAAUGUGUGGAGCAUGCCCAUUACACACAAGCAGUCGAGGAGCUGCCAGAGCCCACAGUAGCAGAGCUGAGAGAACAGAGGAGAGCCAUCCAGAUGGACCUGCAGCGUGAGGCCCUGACGAGCAGCUCUCCUGCCUCUCCAGAUAAGCCAGCCCCCGCCACCGCCACCGCCGCCGCCUCUCUGGGGCCUCUGGCGCGCUCCAGGCAGAAGAUGGAGAGGCAGUGUCGCACCCGUGAUUUCCAGCUGUGCACUAAGCCGUCGCCGCCGAUAUCUCCAGGCGCCCUGCCUCAGCCUCCCACCUCGCUGAAUCGGCAUCGAUGGAAGUCUGCCGAUCAGCUUACCGUUCCACACCGGGAUCGGACGGCGUCUGCAUCCCCCAGCCCAGAUGCCUGGUCUCGCCUCUCAAGCCCAGACCAGGCCCCAUGCAGCCCGGACGCCACCGCACUGCCCCAUCGUCCCAGAUGCGGAGACUCCAGGGCCGGAGAGCAUACUCUCCUCCCCCUGGCUGUCGGCCCUAUGGCCAUGUCUCUGGAGCCUGAGCCUGGGUCACGUGCAGCAGCUGCUGUGACGGAGGAGCGACCCAGCCGGCCGCCCGCAGACGCCCUGGCUGACAGGCUGGGCCAGCUGGGUCCCCGCUCUGGGAAGAACGUGCUGCCCAUCGACGCAACGUCAGGAGCCUCUGCACUUUCGCGGACACUGCCCCACGGCAGCGGUGCCGCAGAGGGCCACCCCACGCAGAGGCUGCAUCAGCCUCCGGACGGCCUGGUGCCGUGCCCGCCCGCAGUUCAGAAGACGGCCAACAGGGGGCUAAGCGUGGCCCGGCGCCGAGGACUACAGCGGCAAAUGGACCGAGUGGAGAUCCCCUCUUGACCCUGGGAGUCAACCUUGGUGAAGGUUGUUACACUUGUACACUAUAUGGUUAUACUUUACUUGAUGCAGGUGUCAUACGCAUGACGUAACAAUGUCAUAAUGCAGUCAUUAAUCUGUCAUAAACAAUAUGUGACUAUCAUUAAGUGACAUUCGGUUAUGGCAAAGACAGCCCUAGCAAUGUCAACUUUUCAUGACCAUAAAACAUUUAUGACACUGACACCAUGUUUAUGACUCGCUCAUGACUGUGUCAUGACACUGUUUUGACACUAUUAUGACACUUUAAUGUUAUUCAUAUGACGCCGGUAUCAAGUAAAGUGUUACCCACUAUACGCACAUGUUGUGUUGUGUUGUGGCCAUGUGCCCUCAGCCACUCAGGAAGGAGUGUAAAGGAUUGGUGUUUGUAUUGGUGUGGUGUCCAGAAAGCAUGUGUUCCCUGUGCUCAGCGUAGAGUGAAACAAGACGUCAUUGGGGGUAAAUGCAUUCCUUGUGCACACGAGUGUGUUUACUGUGCAUUCAUCUCAUGUGAAAUGUGGAACGUGUGUUACAGGGACAAGUGUUGUGUGUCAAGAAAAAUGAGAUUUUGUGUUCACCGUGCAAUCUUUUAUUUAUAGAAAGUGAAUAAAUGUUCUUAAUGUUUCUCA